AUGGCACGUCUUCAAUUCCUCUCACUGAUUGCCUCUGUUCUGAUGUCCUGCUGUAUGGCCUAUCGGAACUCCGCAACUGAUAGCUGCGAUUCUCAGGCUGCGUUGAAUAAUUUGACUAACGUGACAUGUGAUAUCGCGAAAGAUGUGUUUGCAGUAAAAUUCCUAAUUCUUUUUAUGUAUUCCCUGAUUGCGUUCGUUGGCCUGGCGGGAAACCUACUUGUCGUAUGGGUUGUUGCAAGAACCAAAUCCAUACAGACCAUUACCAACCUAUUUAUUGCCAAUCUGGCCGUGUCGGACAUACUCAUGUGUCUUGUUGCCACCCCAUUCACACCCGUCUCCCUGUACAUGCAAAGUUGGACUUUACCCGAAGCUGUAUGUAAGCUACUCCCGAUCACAAUGGGUGUUUCUGUCUAUGUGUCCACUCUGACCUCGAUGGCCAUUGCUUUGGAUCGAUUUUUCGUCAUUGUCCAUCCUUUCCUACCCCGUAUGCGUAUUUGGCUCUGUUUUGUGAUUAUCGGUACAAUUUGGAUUAUUGCUGUACUCAUUUCUAUGCCCCUGGCAGUCUACCAUCAGAAGCAUCACGAUUCACAGUCCUCGCGGGAGGUGUUCACGAUUGUCAGCUUUGUCUUGCAAUUUGUGGUCCCGUGCAGCAUAAUCUCCGUGUGCUACUUCCGAAUCAGUCUCAUCCUACGUAUGCGAUUGCGCACUAAAAUUGGCACGGGAACAAAAAGCCGGUUCCAGGAUGAGAAUGAGAUACGACGCAAAAAACGCACAAACACCAUACUCAUAGCUAUGACCAAGGUAGUCAAUAACUCGAAGUAUUUUACCCUGAUGUUCCUGGUUUCUAUGUCCAGCGCGGUUUACAAUCCGUUCCUGUAUGCCUGGAUGAAUGAGAACUUCAAGAAAGAAGUUCGUCGAAUACUUCCAUGUUGUUUCUGGAAUAUUCGUGAAAGAAGUAAUCGAACAAAUCACCCAACCAUGACAAUAGAACCAAGUGCACUCACCGUAAAUGAGCGCUAUGGAUUGUUGUAA